AUGCGUCCUGUGAUUGCUGUUGAUGCUACCCAUUUGAAGUGCAAGUACAAAGGUGGUUUGUUUGUUGCCACCGCAUUUGAUGGAAAUCGUAAUAUAUAUCCUCUUGCCUUUGGGAUUGGAGAUUUAGAGACGGAUGCGGCUUGGGAGUGGUUUUUCACAAAACUACAUUGUGCAAUUGGUGAUUGCUCGAAUCUUGUUGUCAUAUCUGAUCGAAAUCUUAGCAUAGAAAAUGGGUUGAAAAGAGUUUUUCCUGAGGCAGCACAUGGUGUUUGCUUUUAUCACUUGAAGGGCAAUAUGAAAGCCUCAUUUAAGUUGAAGAAGCGGGAUCCGAUAUUGGGGUUUUUUGUGCGGGCGGCUAAGUCUUACCGUCUAGCAGAGUUCAAUCGUUAUUUCUCCAUGAUAAACAACGAGCGAAUGCAAACUUAUCUAGUACGUGCAGGGCUCCAUAAGUGGUCUCGAGCCCAUUGUGAUGGACGAUAA